AUGUUGUCCAAUCAUUUCCAAAACGGCAUCGAAACGGCGAAGCUUGUUUGGUCGCGGAUUCCAAACUCGGAAGAUUUGCAGUACCUGGAUGAUGCUGUUGGCCACUUGAAGAAGAGCGAUGGAAGUGGCGUUGAGAGCCUUGACUACGAAGUCAUAGAGAACUAUGCUUACCGAGAAGAACAGGCGCAAAGAGGGAAGCUAUACGUGAGCUACUUACUGGUCGUGAAAUGGUUCUUUGCCUUGCUCAUUGGCAUCGGUACUGGACUUGCUGCCAUUUUCAUUAAUAUUUCUGUUGAGAACUUUGCUGGUUGGAAGUACUCAUUGACAUUUAAUAUAAUCCAAAAAUCAUACGUGGCUGGUUUCAUUGUAUAUGUCCUUAUCAACUUGGUUUUGGUCUACUCCUCUGUAUAUAUUGUCACACAAUUUUCACCAGCGGCAGCUGGAUCUGGUAUUCCUGAAAUCAAGGGCUACUUGAAUGGAAUUGAUGUUCAUGGCAUCCUUCUUUUCAGAACCUUGAUUGGAAAGAUUUUUGGUAGCAUCGGCUCAGUGGCAGGUGGCCUUGCUUUGGGUAAAGAAGGUCCUCUUGUUCAUACUGGUGCAUGUAUUGCUUCUUUGCUUGGACAAGGUGGAUCCACUAAGUAUCAUCUAAGUUCGAGGUGGUUUCAAGUAUUCAAAAGUGAUCGAGACCGCCGUGAUCUUGUAACCUGUGGGUGUGCAGCGGGAGUUGCUGCUGCAUUUAGAGCUCCUGUUGGUGGUGUAUUGUUUGCAUUGGAAGAGGUUACAUCAUGGUGGAGGAGUCAAUUGAUGUGGCGGGUCUUCUUCACAUCAGCUGUUGUGGCUGUUGUGGUGCGUACUGCAAUGGGGUGGUGUAAGAAUGAGACGUGUGGACAUUUUGGCUCGGGUGGAUUUAUAAUAUGGGAUGUAUCAGAUGGCCAAGAGGAUUAUUCCUUCAUGGAGUUAUUACCAAUGGCUAUUAUUGGGGUUAUUGGAGGCUUGCUAGGAGCCUUGUUUAACCAGCUUACUCUUUAUAUUACUUCUUGGCGCCGCAAUUAUCUGCACAAAAAAGGGAUCCGUGUCAAGAUUGUUGAAGCAUGCCUUGUCUCACUGUUGACGUCAGUUAUUUCAUUUUGCUUACCACUUCUCAGAAAAUGUAGUCCUUGCCCUGAAUCUGAUCCUGAUUGUCCUCGGCCUCCUGGAAUGUAUGGGAAUUAUGUCAAUUUCUUUUGUAGCAAGGAAAAGGAAUACAAUGAUCUUGCUACUAUUUUCUUUAACACGCAGGAUGAUGCCAUAAGGAACUUGUUCAGCGCAAAAACAAUACAUGAGUUCAGCGCCCAAAGUUUAUUAACCUUUUUGGUUAUGUUUUAUACUUUAGCCGUGGUUACAUUUGGUACUGCUGUUCCAGCUGGUCAGUUUGUUCCUGGAAUCAUGAUAGGAUCAACAUAUGGGCGCCUAGUUGGCAUGUUUGUUGUAAGAUAUUACAGGAAGCCCAACAUUGAAGAGGGAACGUAUGCUCUGCUGGGAGCCGCAUCUUUUCUUGGAGGUUCAAUGCGGAUGACAGUGUCUCUCUGUGUUAUUAUGGUUGAAAUCACAAAUAACUUAAAAUUUUUACCCCUUAUUAUGCUUGUUCUUCUUAUAUCAAAGGCUGUUGGUGAUGCUUUUAAUGAGGGUCUCUAUGAAGAGCAGGCACGACUGAGGGGUAUUCCAUUACUGGAACCAAGGCCCAAAUAUGUGAUGCGGAAUAUGACAGCAAGGGAGGCCUGCGGAAGUGGAAUGGUGAUAUCCUUCCCCCGUGUUGCUAAGGUUGCAGAUGUAGUUUCUAUCCUUCGGAGCAACAAACACAAUGGUUUUCCCGUGAUUGAUCACACAAGAAGUGGAGAACCACUUGUUAUUGGAUUAGUACUUCGAAGUCAUUUAUUGGUAAUUCUGCAAUCAAAGGUCGAUUUCCAGCAUAGUCCUUUACCCUCUGAUGCCAGAGGUGGAGUGAGGCCAAUAAGGCAUGACUUUGAUGAAUUUGCGAAGCCUGUUUCUAGUAAGGGAAUAUCUAUAGACGAUAUACUUUUAAGUUCAGAUGACUUGGAAAUGUACAUAGAUCUUGCCCCUUUUUUGAAUCCAUCACCAUAUAUUGUGCCGGAAGAUAUGUCCUUGACAAAGGUUUACAAUCUUUUCCGCCAAUUAGGGUUGAGACAUCUAUUUGUUGUUCCGCGUCCAUCUCGUGUACUUGGCUUGAUAACCAGAAAAGACUUGUUGAUUGAGGACACUGAAACUGUGAAUACAGUGGAGCUCCAGUCAACUAGAGUAAGAAUGCAGAAUCGCGAUAAAAAAUUGAUGACCAGUAAUGCAGAUGCUGAGCGGCCUUUGUUGAAUGGCCUACUGAUUCAGGAUCAAAUUUCUGGCUAGUGCUGCUUGCAAUUUCCCACAGAUUAGGCCUAUCUACAUUCGAUUUUGUCUCUAGUUUAUUCUUUUUAUUUUUAAAAUUUAAAUCUAAAUAUGAUAUGGGUCCCCCAUGGUUGGUCGGGAUUACUCUUUAGUGGAAGGGGUAGCAAACAAUGCCCCAGAAUUUUGUAUAUUAUCUACUGGGCAAAUGUGGUUUAGCAAUUUAUCAUAGACUAUAGAUAAGACGAAGUUCUCAGAAUUUAGCAUCCGAAUGGAAAUGUGUGAAUAUUUUUUUCUAUCAUGCUGGUUUAUUGAUUCAUGAGAUUACUUUUCUUA